AUGAAGUUCAUAAAUCUCCUUUCUGCUGUGGCAGCCUCCGCCAGUCUUGCCAGUGCCCAAAAAGCCGUCGCAGACACUGAAAUCCCCGCGGGAGCGCGCAUUGAGCCUAGAUUGGAGACUCAAGAGAUCAUCGAUGGCGCCCAACGGACGACCAUAAACUAUGGCCCGUACCAGAUCCCUCCGAAUGGCAUGCUAUCUAAGCCUACGCUCAGGGCCGAGACUCCUUGCAAGGAUUGUUUCGUCACUGCUAUCCAAGCCAAUAUCCUGUACCUAGAUGGCAAAGUUGCCAACGUCAACACAGGGGCGUGGCUGCACCACAUGGUAAUAACCUCCGGAAUUUCGCCGAUUUUCGCCUCUGGUAACGAGCGAACUCCUCUUCGUGUGAACGGGAAAUAUAAAUAUGGUAUCGAGUUGGAUGCCAGGUCCAGCUUCAUGUUUAUCACCGAUCUCAUGAGCCUGAGCUCCGAAACCCAGACAGUCAAUAUGGCUAUCACCUAUGAAUGGAUUCCCAAAGCCCGGGCUACAGGCUACAGGGACGUCUACAUGAAAUGGAACGACGUUGGUCAACCGAACGCCAGAGAAGGACAAUACAGCUUCAAGUCAAGAGAAUCCGCAGUCACCGUGUCCGGACGUCUUCUUUACACCAAUGGUCAUGUGCAUGACGGUGGCACGCACACGAUUCUUUACGUCGAUGGCAAGGAGGCGUGCAAAUCCGUAAUGUUGUACGGCCGCCGCCCCGGGUUCUCGGAGGCUGGUUCUGAAGGUGCUGGAGCAACCGAGACCCCCGCCGCGGGCCAUGAUGCUGGUGCUCACGAACACCGUCGCGAUCUCGUCGCUCGCCAAGGCCAUGGUGGGCAUGCCGGUUCACUUCAUAUCUCCGAUUCCUCGACCUGCGUUGACUUCGGCGAUGUCCGCUCGGGGCAGAAAAUGCACGUCGAAGCGUUCUAUGAUUCAGAUAAAUACCCGUUGAUGGAGCACAACGGCGAGAAGGAGAAGCUGAUGGGAAUCAUGCGUGUAUAUGUUGGCAGCUGA